AUGCAUCCCAGCUCGUCCACGACGACCCCUUUUUCAGUGAAGGAUAUUUUGAAGUCGGAACACCAGCACCAUUUUGAUGCUUUGAUGGCGGACCAAGUUGCUGAAGAGCAUCUUAACAUGCAUGGGAGUCAGAGGAAGCUUUUCAACUAUGACACAACAGCAGAGGGGGAGAUGAAUAAAUAUGAGACAGACAGUUCCAGCGACAGUGACAGAGGCUCCAAAGGAGGUUCAGGGUCUCGCCGAAGACCACGUGUCCUCUUCUCCCGGGCCCAGGUGUCUGAGCUAGAACGUCGCUUCCACCAGCAGCGCUACCUGUCGGCUCCAGAGAGAGAGCAACUGGCCCUCGUCAUCAAGCUGACCUCAACUCAGAUCAAGAUCUGGUUCCAGAACCGCAGGUACAAGUGCAAGCGUCAAAGUCAGGACAGAACCCUGGAACUUGUACCCAGGAGGGUGCCUGUGCCGGUACUGGUACGGGAUGGCAAGGUGUGUGGGACAGCAUCACUGCCUCCUGCUUACAAUGCGAUUGGACAUUAUAGCAGUAGCAUGUUGGGUUAUGGGAGCCAUGGUGUUUGCGGCUACGCCUGUCACAGUGUUUCUCCUGAUAGCAACAACAUGGAGGGGGCCUUCAUUUGUGCACUGGAGGGCCGCACAGGAUGGUGACGAUGGACGUGUCGUGUAUUGGACAGAAAUUAACAACUACCUGAUUUAAAUGGAUGUGAUGGCUUUGUAAUG